ACUUCUCCAAUCAGCGAACAGACUGGCCUGGGUUUACUUGCACCUUGAAAUACUCGAAAUUCAACUUCAUAUGCACCCGCGCGAAGUGUGCGCCGAGGCAGAGCAAUUGUAAAGCAACGUAUUGGUUAGCAAGAAAUGACCGACAUCGUCGAUCGGUAAAUAAGUCCGAAUUCCAAGAGUUUAUCACUGGGUAAAGCAGGACCCGCAGCGGCUCAGCGAUGGAGGAGAAGCCUGGCAGCCCCGCGGCUGUGAGGGCGGAGGAACAGUCGCAGAGCGUGCUCUUCACCUACUUCCAGGGUGACAUCAACAGCGUGGUGGACGAGCACUUCUCCCGCGCGCUCAACAAGGCCAACAAGCCGAAGGACCUGAGCACCAAGAAUAAGAGCAGCCGACGAAGCCCCAAAACUGAAGCGCUCGCUCCGGCUGCGGCUCUGGGCCCGGCUCCAGGGCAGUGGGUCUUCCCGGCCCCCGGCUGGUCCGAGCCGGACUUCCCCUCCGGCUCCCCGGGUAGGAUCCAGCUGUCUGGAGCUGAUGACCUGCACUCACCUCAGGGGGUGAUCACGGGCCCCAACGGCCAGCCGUCUCCCCUGUGGCCCUUCUCUCCUCGGCCCGGCACCGGUUUCGGGAUCCCCGGGAUGGUGUACUCCCAGCCCGUGUCAGCUGAGGGGCCUGCGGGCUCCGAGCGCCAGUACACCAGCUCCUUCCUCAACCUGCUGCAAAGUGACCGGCCGGUGGCGGGCGCCGCAAUGGGCUCUGCUUCCAAACCAGAGCUCGCUCAAGCCUGGAGCCCCUCUACUGCGUUCAGAGAGCCUCUGGGACCUGGAAUCGGCCUUGAUGGCAUACAGGGGCCUGAAAAGAAGAAGGAUUUGUACUGGUACUGACAAUGCCUGAUUGCUGACAGAACAAUGCGACUGUCCGCAGUCCUGGGCUUCACUGCACAAAGGCCAUAUUAUAAACACUGUAAUCACUGUAGCUCUGUUGAGCUGAAAUAAACUAGAGGAUCACUAACCUGGACCAAUCAACCAUCAGUACUUCUCAAAGAAACUCACGCAAACCUCACUCUUCGCAACGUUCAAUGCUCGAGAUGUGUUGCACAUACCUGACUGGCAAUUCUUCACUGGGGUUGACUACCAGGAAGAAUGAUCACGCCUACAGACUUAUCAGGUACUUGCUCUUGUUGUGUGGGAGAACCUGUUUGAGAACUGGCUUGUGACACCGAGAGUCACUGUACCAAAAGAUGGACGACAAUCAAAAUGGCAGCAGUGCUGCGCUGUGGAGAAAUCAGGUUUUUCCACCCUUGGGGGCCAGAAAGAGUGAGUCAAGCACAUCUUCAUUCGAAAGAUAUGCCACCCCUAAGGUUUCUGAUCCAACAAGGCAUGUCUUACACCAUGGAAAUCUGAAAAACAUGAAGGUCAAAAUGGCGGGAAACCAGAAAACAUCAGAACCAUGAAAAGACUGCAAUUAUUGCAAAGGGGAAUCUGGGAAAAACUUCCAGUCUGUACUGUAUGACUUACUUUUGUUCACUUAAAACAUAUUUUGAAGAAAGAGGCAUGCCUUGCCAGGUAAUCUUCUGUAAAUCGUAGGCAAUGCUAAUGCACAGCAUAGUCAUGAAUAAUGUUAUUUUGGAAUACCUUGGAUGUCAUGCCAAUGGCUGACUGUUUACAGUUUGGUACAAAAUUAUGGCAACAUAUUGAUGUUUCCAUUAUAUUUGAGACCUGGAUGAGUUUUCUAUCAAUGUGAAUGAGUCCUGCAUGCCAACCAUGUGUUCCUUUACAUUUAUGAUUAUUCAGUAUAAACCUUGGUUUUACAUAUACAUUUCUAAGCAAUAGCAAAGAGACAAUUGUAUAUGUGAAUAUGAAAUAGUAAAUUUAACAGUUUGGUGUAGGGUUUGCUUUGUGCUGUGUUUCAUAUUGUAUGGUCCUGAACCUAAAAACGUAAUUUGCUUAUGGUGUUAAUAUUAGAGGGCAUUAUUCUAUGACAUGAAGUGGCAGGUUCACAUACAUACAUACCAUUUGAACGUAUUGCUUUUUCAACUGUGUUAUAUUGUGCUAUUCCGUAAUACUCAGGUAACUGCAGAGAAAGGGAGAGAAGGAGAAAGAGAGACCAUGGCAGUUUUCUGUACAGUAUAUUGGUCGGGAAGGGUAGUUAAUUUAGCAAUUAAAGUGUUUUAUGGUGCAUUAAAGCAUAAUUAACUGACCUCUGAUGAACAAAUUCUUUAAUGAUAAUCAAUAUCCAAACAUAAACUAAUAUGUGAAUAUAUUUUGAGAAAACCAAAGUGUUCUCCUUUUACAUAUUAUUUUCCCUUUUGAUUCUCAAUAUUCCUUAGCUGAACAAUUGUUAAUGAUUUAAUGUUUAGAAUAACUGCUGUAGCCCUAGUUUUACUGUGUAGCAGAGCCAUGAUUUACAGGGUGUGUAUGCAUGUUCAUUCAUCUGUAAAGUACUUAAACAGCACUCAGAUCAACACAAGGGGCUCAGACCCACACUAUGGAGCAUGCAUAUUUACACUGAAGGAAGUAGCAGUGUUCAAGUCAUCUUCUCAUUCCCUUGAUGAGUGCACCACCUUGUGACUAAAAAUCUAACCAAUCUAAGAAAGAAAAUAUUGGCAAAAGAAAACAAGAUUCAUAUUUUAGAAUCCAGUAGGCCUACCUCUUUUUCAGUUAUCCUCAUUCCUGGGAGUAGAAAAUGAAGGAAAAUGAUGCCCUAACAUUUAUAAUUUAUAAUUAAUUUAUAUGCAUUUUGUUGAACUGAAUGCAUUUUGCAUUCAGUUCAGCGUUCCCCACUUAUCACUUUAAGGUUCACAGUUCCGAAAUGGUCCUUUGAAACCAGCAAUUGACUAACUGGAAUACCAAUAUUUAAUUCCCUUCUUAAGGAGAAGUUCCCGGCCCCACCAAUUCUCAGCUCACCAACUGCCACUGGUUAAAACGUACAGUAUCAUUAAAUCAGUAGCACCAGCUGGAGAUCCCCAGCUUACCUGCACUCCAGUGCAAGUCUAAGCGGUCUAUACUGGGAGCAUGUUAAACUGAUUUUUGGUCUCAACCUGUUUUCAGUCAUUUUCCUUGAAUAUCAAUAGAGUGAUAAAUGAUAAUUUAUAAGUGAUAAUAAAAUUUGAUAAGUGUUAAUAAAAUGAUUUUUAUUUACAUUGAAAAA